AUGACUUCGCAUAGACUAUUGGCGCCUCCUAUAUCAAUACACACGAAUGUCAGUCACUUGAACAAGGCUCCGGAGGUUGAUACUCAUAUGUCGCAGUUUCAGCAGGAUGAGAAUGCUUCGUCCGACCCAGACACCCAUACCGAAAGCUACCAGCAAUCUUCCUCCCUUCAGAUCCCCUCAUCUCCCACUACCGUCUCUCUCGGUGGUGACACUUUACGGUCAAGAUCAGACUCGUUCAACUCGACCGCAUAUUCAGAGGCAGAUACUGCGCGAUCGAGAGCAAAUUCUGAUGUUAAGACAAUACGAUCAAGAUUUGAGGGGGAUGAUCUAACCAUUGAGGAGGCUCUUGCGCCGGACAAAACAACCCAGAAUGACUUCGACGUUACAGACAAUCCCUUCGCAUUCUCGCCAGGGCACUUGAAUAAGCUGCUCAACCCGAAGUCGCUCGCGGCAUUUCGAGCGCUUGGUGGGGUUCAAGGGCUGGAAAUUGGAUUACAGACAGAUUUGGUCGCAGGUCUCAGCGUUGAUGAGACCUCAAUAUCAGAUCGUAUCUCCUUCGAUCAGGCUAGAAAUGCCGCCCGAGUCAAGAAGGGACAAGGCGAUGGACCGAUGGUUGAUCAAAAUGUCAUGGUCACGGACCAGGAAGUGAAAGGGCGAUAUCACGAUCGGCAGAGAAUAUUCAAAGACAAUCGGUUACCAGACCGGCAUUCUCUGAGCAUAUGGAGACUAUUCUGGAACGCAGCGCAGGACAAGGUCCUUAUUAUACUUACAAUUGCGGCCGUCAUAUCACUCGCUCUUGGGAUUUACGAAGCGGUCGGCCAAACGCCGGAUCCAGGCGAGGGCCCAUCGGUUGAUUGGAUCGAAGGUCUCGCGAUCGAAGUGGCUGUCGUCAUUGUGAUUCUGGUGACCGGACUGAACGACUUCCGACGGGAAAAGCAAUUCGCUAAAUUGAAUGCAAAGAAAGAAGACCGGCAGGUCAAAGUAGUACGUUCUGGCAAGUCAAUGAUGCUCUCUGUCUUUGACGUCAUGGUUGGAGAUAUUCUUCACUUGGAAUCUGGGGAUUCUUUACCUGCAGAUGGGCUACUGCUCAGCGGCUAUGGCGUUCGGUGCGAUGAAUCCUCAGCUACUGGAGAAUCCGACGCUAUGAAGAAGACUAAUGGGUAUGAAGUCUGGACUAGAAUGGCUGAAGGAACCGCAACAGACAAGCUUGACCCUUUCAUGAUCUCUGGCAGCAAAGUACUCGAAGGUGUCGGAACUUACCUUGUAACCUCUGUGGGUGUCAAUAGCAGCUUUGGAAAAAUCAUGAUCAGCUUGCAGACAGAGACUGAAGAGACUCCAUUACAGAAGAAACUUGGUCAUAUGGCAACCUGGAUUGGAUAUCUCGGAACUGCGGCCGCGGGGCUACUCUUCUUCAUUCUUACCUUCCGCUUCAUUGGAGGUCUUUCUGGUAACACUCACAGCCCUGCAAAGAAAGGCUCACAAUUUCUGGAUAUCCUGAUCGUUGCCAUAACGAUCAUAGUAGUUGCUGUUCCAGAAGGUCUCCCUGUGGCAGUUACUUUGGCAUUGUCAUUCGCCACUAAAAAGCUCUUCAAAGAACACAACCUUGUGAGACAUCUUCGAGCUUGCGAGACCAUGGGAAAUGCGACUACGAUCUGCUCUGACAAGACAGGAACAUUGACUCAGAACAGGAUGACCGUCGUCGCGGGAGCUCUUGGCUCUCAUAUUCAAUUCGCCCGGCAUACCGAGAGUGAAGAGGGUGAGAGUUCUGUCAUCCGCCUCUCUUCAGCCUUCGAUCGUCUCUGGCCCAGUGCGAAAAGUAUCUGGCUUCAGUCAUGCGCCAUCAAUUCAACAGCCUUUGAAGGUGAGGAGGAUGGCGCGUUCACCUUUAUCGGCUCGAAAACCGAAACAGCUAUCCUUACCAUGGCUAAGGAACAGCUAGGCAUGGGGCCGGUGGCCGAAGAACGUGCAGGCGUCAAUGUUGUGCAGCUAAUUCCUUUCGAUUCGGAGCGCAAAUGCAUGGGAGCCGUGAUUCGACUCGCAUCUGGGAGUUAUAGAUUGCUAGUGAAAGGAGCUGCAGAGAUAUUGCUUGAGCGAGCAACUAACGAACUCACCGAUCCUUUAGCAGAAUCGCUAGACCGCUGCGACCUAUCUAACGAAGCUAGAGCAAAGGUCACCGCAAACAUAAAUGGGUUUGCUGCUCAAUCUCUCAGGACAAUCGCAUUCCUUUACCGAGAUUAUCCUCAAUGGCCACCCGUUGGGGCUAGGACCUCGGAGGAGGAUCGGUCAAUGGCCCAAUUCGAAGAUGUCUUCGAGGACAUGACACUGCUCGGCGUCGUCGGAAUUCAAGACCCCCUGCGAGAUGGCGUCACGGACGCUGUCAAGAAGUGUCAAGAUGCUGGUGUUGUAGUUCGCAUGGUUACCGGAGACAAUGUUGUGACGGCAACUGCUAUUGCGACCGAGUGCGGUAUCAAAACCGACGAUGGCAUCGUUUUAGAGGGGCCCAAGUUCAGACAGCUUUCAGACGAGGAAAAGGACGAAGUCCUUCCCCGACUACAAGUACUCGCCCGUUCUUCUCCUGACGACAAACGCAUGUUAGUCUCACGCUUGAAGCAUCUCGGAGAGCAAGUCGCAGUGACCGGUGACGGCACCAAUGAUGGGCCCGCUUUGAAGCUCUCGGAUGUAGGCUUUUCAAUGGGCAUUGCUGGUACUGAGGUCGCCAAGGAGGCCAGUGCCAUCAUCCUCAUGGACGACAAUUUCUCCAGCAUCGUCAAGGCUAUAAUGUGGGGUCGCUCGGUCAAUGACGCGGUGGCCAAAUUUCUCCAAUUUCAGCUUACAGUCAACAUUACCGCCGUCUUGCUUGCCUUCGUCUCAGCUGUCUCUUCACCAGACAUGCACUCCGUCCUGUCUGCUGUACAGCUUCUAUGGGUGAAUCUCAUUAUGGACACCUUCGCAGCUCUUGCCCUUGCUACCGACGCACCUACGGAGAAGAUUCUUCAGCGAAAGCCGACACCUAAAAGUGCACCAUUGAUUACGACGAACAUGUGGAAAAUGAUUAUUGGUCAAGCAAUCUACCAGCUUAUUGUGACAUUUGUUCUCUACUUUGCAGGCUCUACCCUUCUUUCUUCGCUUCUACCUCAAAACAAAGACCACGACAAGGAACUUGCUACGAUAGUAUUCAACACAUUUGUUUGGAUGCAAAUUUUUAAUCAAUUCAACAACCGCCGUUUGGAUAACAAAUUCAAUAUCUUCGAAGGCGUUCACAAAAACUUCUACUUCUUGGCUAUUAGCUUAAUGAUGGUGGGCGGUCAGAUCAUGAUCAUCUUUGUGGGAGGUGCUGCGUUCCAAAUCAAGGCAAUUGGUGGCAGGCAAUGGGCCGUGUGCAUCCUCUGCGCGCUGCCUUGUCUUCUAUGGGCCAUCUUGCUUAGAUGCAUACCAGACAAAUACGCAGCUUUUGUUUUUGGCAUAGCAGGCAAAAUCUGGUUUGCCGUGUACAGACCCGUCGAGAGGGUUUUGAUAUUCAUCUACAGACCCAUAGACAAAGCCUGUUCGAUGGUCUUCGCGCCGACUAAGCGAUUCUCGAAGCGCACGACUGCAAAAAUGAUGCGCCGGAAAACCGACGACACUAAUUCUUCCGAUGACGAGGAGGCAGGCAUGAAGAUGGAAAAGCUUGAUUCAACUACGUCUGUGCCCAAAACGCCGACCACGGAGAAGCCCAUGACGCCACCUAAUUUGACUCUAUCGCCGCCGCCAAUUACUUUGACCGCUGCUUGA